AUGCUAUGCAGGAUCCAGUACAGCAGCAACUGUUCGCAGUGGCAGUUCGAGCAGAGGUCGAGAAGCAGCGACGAAUUGUGCCCGGAUGCCGAUGCAGCACGUGGGAGCACAUACGGGUCAGGUCGACACAACCGUGCAUCGGAGUUGUGUGAGGAUAGGCGCUCACGCAAUCCGAUGAGCUGCCCUUACGUUUGGGGAACGGAUCAGUCGUUUUCUUUCACAGAUGAAACGGCUAUUGCGCCUUCGAUUGCCUCUGACGGUGGAAGACGGCAACUGGAGAGUCUUCCAGACCACGUGAUAAAAGCGUCUUUUCUGGGGGGUAACUGUUUACGUUGCCGGCGAAACACUGUUUGCAUUCCGCCAUCUGGCAGUGGUAAAAGGUGGACGGAAAGCCAGACCCAGGAGGGUGGCGCCAGCGUUCGACUGGAAAAGGACACGAAUGUCUCAGGAGAAAUGACGAAAUCUCAGAGAUCCUCUGCGCGGCGUGCUGGCCGUGAUUGCGGAUGUCGCUCUGGCGAAAUAGAGACGUCGUGUAGGGCCUACGGAGACACCAGUGGUCCCGAUGAUGGUGGCACUGACAGGGGCAUGGUUCGAAAAAGCAGCAGUGGAAGUACAAUAUGCAGCACCAGCGAAUCAGAUAGAGGCAGUGGAUAUUCAGUUGUGAAGGUGAUAGGAGGCGCUACCAAACCGACUGCCUCUGUGGCCGCACGAGGGGGUACCUCACACGACGAGAACAGGAGUGUGCUGAAGAAGCGUGAGACUGACAGCAGCGAGCACGAGACUCGCUCGUUGGCAGAUGAUAGGCACGGGCCAGAGAGUGCGAGCGUGAAGGCGCCGGACUCGUUUGUCCACGUGGAACUGCUGCACGAGGAACCAACCUUCCACCAACGUCUUCAGUUGUUUCCUUGUGGAGCUUCAGGGACGGACUUGGAGAUAGAGGGAUCCGGAGAGAACUUUUUUUCAGAGGGAGGAGACGUGAAUCGUAGUCUGUCACUCGAGCUGUGGGACACGCAUGAGGUAGAUAUGUACAUCGCGCCAGCGCUGCGUGUUCUUCGAGAACCGCGAGAGCAGAACGUUCACGACAGCGCGGCGUCUGUGGCGUUGUCAUCUUAUCCGUCGGCAGUCCCGGAGCGUUACAGUGACAGCGAGCAUAGGUCUGGCGAGCAGCCGAGACGGUUAGGGCACAAAAUCUCUCCGGGAACAGUACAUAGGUGCUCUGCCGUGGAGGCAAUUUCGUUCCAUCAAGAGGUCGGUUGGAAGCAGGGGAGAGAAGCCAAGGUGCUGGGAGAUGCGGAGAAGCAGGAUAUUCACCAAAGUCAGGCGGGAGCUACUACAACGGAUGCGACCAGUCGGUCGUCCGGCUCGCGGCGUAGCUCCGGAUUUGCUUCUGUCUCAUCGAGCAGAGUAUCAAGCAGUGCCCCGUCGGAUUCCUCGUCCGCUGCAACUAUUCAUAUUCAGGCAGAUGUGAUUGAGCAGGAAAGCAGCCACGCAGAGGGACAACAAUUUCACAGAAAUUAUCCCUACAGGUCGCUCAACUCUUGCAAGCUCGGGUGGGGGGUAGCAAUGGGCAACAAAUGCCUCGACAGCGACCUUCUCGUAGUCAAACGCAAGCACUUCUCCCUCAUGGUCGAGGACGAAGACGGACUUCUCCAUUUGGAUGACAUGCCGUCUUUCGAAGGUUGCCUUUUCGUCAUAAAGCUCGCGUCAUCGCGGCGUUCUUCUCCGUAUUCACGACUGCUGAGGUCUCUCCCAUAUCGGCGGCAUCUGUUCUUCGUUCUCUCACAAGGCCACCUCUUUUGGUUUCGGUCGUCUCGAGACUUUGUUGGUCGUGGUUUCUCAGCUGCUAUUGGGAGUGUCUCCCUAAUCAUCAACCAGUGUCACGUGGAAGUCGCCGAGUCUUCUCCGACUCUUCACGGAGGCCGGUUCCGUCUUGAAUUCAAGAAUUGGCGGAGAAGUAUCGAGCUUCAGGCUAGAUCCGACGGUAGUGGCAAGAAGAAAAGAAAGAACCGGCUCGAGGCUGAAAGCAGCCGGGGAGCGUGGGUGCAGCAACUGCUUGCGACGAUUCAAAAGGCGGAGCAAAUUCGAGAUCGUUUCCGGACGGUGGAUUGGGAACAGACACAGCACCACGCAAGGUUGAUGGCUGAACGUUUCGGUGUAAUUUAA